CCUCCACCACCUCUCGCCCCCUCCUGUCUUCGCGAUGGAGCCCCUCUCCACCGCGCGCCCCGCCGCCGCACCGCCAACACGCGUCACCUACAUCCACGAUGCCGACGUCGGCAACUACUCCUACGGCUACGGCCACCCCAUGAAGCCGCACCGCAUGCGCAUGACGCACAACCUCGUCGCAAACUACGGCCUGCAGCGCCACAUGCACCUCGUCCGCCCCGCACGUGCCACGCGCGAGCAGAUGACGGCCUUCCACACCGACGAGUACGUCGACUUUCUAAGUCGCGUCACGCCCGAGAGCGUCACGCAGCUCACGGGCGACGGCACGCGAUUCCUCAUCGGCGAAGACUGUCCCGCCUUCUCGGGGCUCUUCGAGUUCUGCACCAUCUCCGCCGGCGGCUCCUUGGCUGCUGCUUCGGCGCUCAACGCCGGCACCGCCGACGUGGCCAUCAACUGGGCUGGCGGGCUCCACCACGCCAAGAAGCGCGAGGCCAGUGGCUUCUGCUACGUCAACGACAUUGUGCUUGCCAUCCUUGAGCUGCUGAGGACACAUCUCCGGGUCCUCUACAUCGACAUAGACAUCCAUCACGGCGACGGCGUCGAGGAAGCCUUCUACACUACCGAUCGAGUCAUGACAGUCUCCUUUCACAAGUUUGGAGACUUCUUUCCCGGCACCGGAGACGUGCGCGACGUGGGCAUGAAGCGCGGCAAAGGCUACGCUGUCAAUGUGCCGCUGAAGGACGGCGUGGGAGAGACGGAGUUUGCGGGCAUCUUUCGACCGGUGCUGCAGCACAUCAUGGACUGGUAUCGGCCCGGCGCAGUGGUGCUGCAGUGCGGCGCCGACAGUCUGGCGGGCGACAAGCUUGGGUGCUUCAACUUGAGCAUGCGCGGCCACGCCGACUGCGUCAGUUUCAUGAAGUCGUUUGGCGUGCCGCUGAUCUGCCUUGGCGGCGGCGGCUACACGAUCCGCAACGUGGCGCGCACAUGGACGUAUGAGACUGGCCUGCUGGUCGGACAAGAGCUCGACGAGGAUCUGCCGUUCAACGAGUACAUGCAGUACUUUGGCCCCGAGUACAAGCUCGACGUGCCCAUGACGAGCAUGGAGAAUCAGAACUCGCGCGAGUAUCUGGAGGGCUUGCACGCACGCAUCAUCGAUAACUUGCGCUGCCUCAAUCCGGCACCGUCGGUGCAGAUGCAGGAGACACCACGCAACCCGCUCAAUCCUGCAGAGCUGGAUGUGUCUGACGACGAGGACUCGGAUCUCGACGAGCGGAUAAACCAGCGCCUGCGCGAUGCCCAUGUGGAGCGCUAUGGCGACGAGCUUUCGGGCGACGAGGAGGAUGAUGGCGGCGACAUGGAUCUCGAUGGACUUGGCAGCUCUCGUCGAGCCUCAACGCACGGCAUGGUGCGCAACUGGUCGCACCUCGGCGGCGGCACCUCGCGGCUAGGCGGCGAUCUUGGCGCGCGCUACGGCAGUGGCAGCAGUCGGUCCUUGAUGAACGGCCUGGGCCGCGCCUCGCCUUCCGGCUCUACCUUUGGCGCGCCGCCGCCCGCCGGCCUCGGGAUGGGCUUCAGCAACGGACACGCCGCCAGUGGCUCCAGCGGCAGUCCACUGCCUCCACGACCAAAGCGCAGCUUCUUCGCGGCGCGCGCGAAGAAGGCGUCGCCGAAUGGAGGAGCCGAGUCUGCAACCCCACGACAAGGAACAGCAGCGACACGCCCGCAGAUGCCGCCCAUGAUCGGCCGCGCCACGGCGGUGGACGAGCUCAUGUCCGAGGCGGGCGGCGCGGCGGCCGAUACGCCGCUGGGAGGCAGCCCCAGACCCAGCUCGUUCAGAGAUACGCCGCCUGCUCAUAUGCUGGCCACAUGACGGCACGCUGACUCGAUCCCCCCGACCACCCUGCAACACCCCUUCUCCCUCGCAUGUAUCACUUACCCCGCUCAUGACCUCAUCGACGCACCACUCUGCAUCAUCACACGCGCGUGCGGCUCGCAUGUGGAGGGAUCGCUUGGUGUGUGGGAGGGCAGCUGAUGUGACAUGAUGAGACGUGAC